AUGAUCUGUGCCCUUGACCUACCGUACAAUUCCAAAGGCAUCCCUGUGCCAAAGGUGUAUGGGUAUUCCUCUUCAGAGAACAAUCCUGCCGGUAUAGGGUAUAUCGUUAUGGAAAAGGCUCCAGGUGCUGGUCUAGAGAGUAAGUGGUCGAGCAUGAGCAAACGCGAACGGCAUACACUCGCAUCCACUUUUGUUGAGAUUGAGCAAAUGCUUUUCAACAUUCCUUUCGGAGCUACUGGGAGUAUUUACUUCAAGAAAGAUGUCCCACCUGAGCUUCAAGCGGCAUUACACAUGACUAACAUUGAUAAUGAUGCUGGAGAUGAGACGCUUUGCAUUGGCCCAACCGCAGAUUAUAUGUUUUGGUAUGGGAAACGGGCCGGCCUCGACCUGGAUCGUGGACCAUGUUACUACAAGGCAAAGAACGUUGGGAGUAAGCAUCAUUUGCUAAUGACGAGAGUGCUGAAUAUUGGACGUGCUGUUCAGGGGACAUUGAAUCUAUCAGGAAGAACCUCGUGUGCGAAGCUACCUGAGCGUACCUGGAAGACUGCUCGCGGGGGGGCAGCUCCCUGCCCUUUCGCGCUCCUGAAUACCCUCGGUAAGAUCCUGGAGGCCGUAGCUACAGUACGGAUCGCCUGGGCCCUGGAAGAGCGUAAUCUCCUACCCAGAAGCCAUCUAGGGGGCCGCAGGGGCAUCUCAGUCGACCACCUGAUCCAGUUGCUCCUUGACCAGAUCUUUGAGAGCUGGGGCAAGGGCCGGAAGGUCAGUAUAUUGCUCCUAGACGUGGCUGGCGCCUUCGACAACGUCUCGCAUAUACGGCUCCUCCACAAUCUACGUAUGAUAGGGCUCGGCUUCUUCGCCGGCUGGCUCAAAUCCUUCCUAUCGAACCGUUCUACAAGGCUGCAGCUCCCCGGAUAUCUCAGCAACCUUAUUUUAACCCCUACCGGGAUCCCCCAGGGGCCCCCUAUAUCGCCGAUCCUAUUCCUCCUAUUUAAUACCCCCCUCAUUCGCGCCCUAUCGAUCGACGGUAUUGAGGCCCUUCGGAUUCAACCACCCCUCCUAGAGGGAGGCAAGAAGGUCUCCUACGGGUGGAUUGACGAUGUUGCCACCCUGACAAAACGAACCGUACCGCAGGAAUAUAUAUAUACUGAGCCGUGGCAGGGGGAGGACCCAGAGGUUGACAACUGGGAUCCCCCAGUGGAACCCCCUGGUCACGACCAGCUGCCCAUCAAGGACCACGCAACCGGCUUUAUCAUCAAGCCGGUGGAGCACGCCAAAUACUUAGGAAUCUGGCUCGAUAGGACCCUUUCGUUCGAUACUCACAGGGUUAAGGCCCUUGCCAAGGCGAACGGGACUUUGGAAGCCCUCCGCAGCAUCUCAGGCUCGACCUGGGGGACCUCCCUGCUGAGCAUGCGCCGCAUCUACCUGGCAGUGGUAGUCCCCCAGCUACUCUACGGGGCGGCUGCCUGGUAUAGCCCUACGAGCCGGACGGUCAGCUACAAGAAGCUCCAGAAGACGGUCAAUGAAUUCCAGAGGAUUCAAAUCCGCGCAGCUGUUCUUAUCAGUGGCGCGUUUCGUCCGCUAUAUGCAUAUCGCGGCAGGCAGGAGGAGUGGGAGACCAGACGGGCUCAUGUGUUGGCCCCGUGGGAGUUGCCCCUGAGGUGCAUCAUUGAGGGGGCAGAGGAGGCAGUUCAGACCCACGAUAGAGUCUGCCGCGAGGACCGGCAGAUCUGGUAUACAGAUGGAAGCGGCUAUCAGGGGAUGAUCGGAGCUGCUGCGGUCUCUAUUCGAGCAGGCAGAACCGCCAGGAAGCACCUAGGAACGGAACUGGACUCUACAGUCUACGUGGGGGAGUUGGAAGGGGCCCGAAUGGCCCUAGAUCGGGCGAAGCCUAUCCCGAUCACGGUCUUCUCAGAUAGCCAGGCAGCUAUUCAAGCCGUGCGCAACCCUGGCCGGCCAUCGGGCCAGUACGCACUGCGGGCUAUCUACGGGAGGAUUAGGGCCCUGCGGAGCGAGGGCCUGGAGGAUGCUGAACUGCGUUGGAUCCCCUCUCACAUCGGGGUAAAAGGAAACGAAAAGGCGGACAAGGCAGCCAAGGAGGCUGCGAUAAGAGGAGUUAAACUAAGCUCAGUAAGGCCGCGGGAUCGACCGAUUAUACGGCUCGCAGCUGCAGCUAAAAGAGAUGCUCCAUCAGGUUAA